AAGUCAAAAAAUCAUGUUUCCGGUGACAUUUUCAGCCGGAAAUUGCACUAGGGUUCACUUUGCCAAGAAAAUAUAAAUUGAAGGGUGCAUUCGGAUAUUAUUUUAAAUUUAAGGGUGCAUUGUGUAAAUUACCCAAAUUGUUAAUAUGUAAAAUUUCCCCCCUCACGUGACCUUUACCGUUGCAGGCCAACCCCUCUGCAAAUGCAAUAAAGCAAAACCUUUUCACUUUCUGCUGCGUGAAAAUGGAGGUGAAUGGCGGCGCGUGGGACUUUUGGGUAGAAGAAGCCCUCUCCAAACUCCAAUCGCUCAAUGUAUUGCGCUCCCUCAGACCCAUUCACCUCCUCGCCGGAGCUGCUCGUCGCUCCACCUCCGCCGAAAAUUCUCCGUCGAAUCUCAAUCGAGUUUUUGAUGGCCCAAACAAAUGGGACCGAGCUUCUGUUGAGGUGGAGAUUUCAGAAUCCACUUUCCGGAAAUGGCUACACGAUGUCCCCAGUUCAGGGGAUGACAAUGAUGUCGUAGACGAGGUUGUAAGAGCCGACGAUAAAGCAGAGGCAAUCGACGGAAAGCUUAGGAAGUUAAUCGUCUUCUCUGGUAAUGAUUACUUGGGACUGAGUUCACAUCCAAUGGUUAGCAAUGCAGCUAUCGAGGCAGCUCAAGAACACGGAAUGGGUCCAAGAGGUUCUGCUUUGAUCUGUGGGUACACUACUUACCAUAGGCUGCUUGAAUCAUCAUUGGCCGACCUUAAACGAAAAGAGGAUUGCCUUCUUUGUCCAACAGGCUUUUCAGCCAACAUGGCCUUCAUGACAGCUGUCGGUAACGUUGGUUUGCUCGUGGCUGGCGGCAAACCGUCAAAAGACGAUAGAGUUGCUAUAUUUUCUGAUGCUCUGAACCAUGCAUCAAUAAUUGAUGGUAUUCGCCUUGCUGAGAGACAAGGAAAUGCUGUGGCUUUUGUGUACAGGCAUGCCGAUAUGUGCCAUCUCGAUGCAUUAUUGUCAAGUUGUCCAAUGAAGAAAAGAGUUGUUGUAACUGAUAGCCUGUUUAGCAUGGAUGGGGACUUUGCACCUAUGACUGAGCUUGUAAAACUUCGUAAGAAGCAUGGGUUUCUGUUUGUAAUUGAUGAUGCUCAUGCAACAUUUGUUUGUGGAAAAAAUGGCGGUGGUGCAGCUGAAAUGUUCAACUGUGAAGCUGAUGUGGACAUUUGCAUAGGGACUCUAAGUAAAGCCGCAGGUUGCCAUGGUGGAUUCAUUGCAUGCAGCAAGAAAUGGAAGCUGCUCAUCCAAUCCAGGGGUCGGUCUUUUAUAUUUUCAACUUCUUCACCAGUGCCUGUUGCUGCUGCUGCCCACGCUGCUGUUAACGUGGCAAAGAAUGAGACAUGGCGUAGGAGUGCUAUAUGGAAACGCGUGCAAGAAUUCCGUGAUUUGACCGGAUUUCCGGUUGAAAGUCACAUCAUUUCCCUCAUUGUUGGGAGUGAAAACAAGGCCCUACAAGCUAGCCGGCAUCUCUUAAAAUUAGGUUUUCACAUCACUGCAAUUAGACCUCCAACAGUCCCGGCACACUCAUGCAGGUUAAGGGUAACUCUGAGUGCAGCACAUACUAAAGACGAUUUGAAAAAGCUGACAAAUGCACUGUCUCAGUGUGUCGAUUUUCAGAAAAUUCAAGUAUUCAACAGCAAUUGCUACUCCAAGCUUUAGCCUUCUCUAUUCCUGUAGUUGUUUCGAUUUUUAUAUCCGUUUUUGUUCAGAUUUCGACAUGUACUGCAUUUUUUGCAUUUUUAAGAACCACACAAGUCUUCUAAGUAGAUUUAAUACC